GCGUGCGGCGGAGGAGGCGCGGAGCGGCACCGGCCGGGCCCGAGGCUGGAAUCCCACGGCCACCGUGAGAUCCUUCCCAAAAUUCCCCCAAAAUUCCCAAAUCCCAGAGUCCUCGAGGAUGAAUGGCUCCGAGCUCGCCAGCACCACGGCGUCCAAUCCCAAAUCCAAGGAGGAUCCGGCUGGGAAUGGGCUCCAGGAGAAGGAGAAGAAUCCCUUCGCCGAGUACAUGUGGAUGGAGAACGAGGAGGACUUCGACCGGCAGGUGGAGGAGGAGCUGCAGGAGCAGGAAUUCCUGGAUCGCUGCUUCCAGGAGAUGCUGGAGGAGGAGGAGGAGCGGGAUUGGUUCAUCCCGGCGCGGGAUCUCCCGCAGGGAAUGGGGCAGCUCCAGCAGCAGCUCCGCGACGGCGCCGACGACAUCCUGAGCAAAAGCACCUUGAAUCCAGACGCCAAGGAAUUCGUUCCCGGAGUGAAAUACUGACCUUGGAAAUUCGGGAAUGGCCCGGCCAGAGACUGAUUCCCUGCUCCAGGGAAAAGUUGGGACACGGGAAGAGCCCGGAGCGGCUCCAGCGCCGGGAUCUGCUCCGGCUCCGAGUAUUCCUGGUUUUCCCUGGGGGUUUUUUUUGGUUUUUUCCUGGUUUUUCCUCAUUUUUCUUGGCAGUUUUUGGCUUCCUGGAAUUUGCGGUGAGCCCACCGGCGGGAAAACCUUGGGGAGAAUUGUAGGAAAAUCGUGGGAAAAUCAUGGAAAAAUCACGGGGAAAUCAUGGGGAAAACAAUGGAAAAAUCGUGGGAAAUCAGUCAUGGGAAAAGAAGGGAAAAUUA